AUGAAGUCUCAGUGGCUUUCCCUGCUGACCAUCUGCGGCGCUGCGGCGACCGCGCUGGCCGACAAGCGGCCCUACUCGGUGCUCAUGACCGAGGCCACCAUGGCCCGCAAGGUGGCCAAGGUGCGCUGGUACACCGAGCAGGUCUUCUACCGCGGCGUCCAGUACGUCUACAACGCGACGGGCGACGCCAAGUACGCCGCGUACAUCCGGGGCCAGCUCGACCCCAUCCUGACGGAGAACGGCACCUUCACCAACUGGGACGGCGUGGCCAGCUACGAGGGCCUGGACAACCUGCGCGUGGGCGAGACGAUGCUCUUCCUCUGGGAGCACACGGGCCAGCAGCGGUACCUCAACACGGCCGACUUUUUGCGGCGCGAGAUCGACAGGCAGAACCGCACGGACGAGGGCGGCCUCUGGCACAUGGACAAGACGCCCGACCAGCAGUGGCUCGACGGGCUCUGGAUGGUGGGCGCCUUCUACGCGCACUGGACGGCGCUGUUCGAGCCCGGCAACGGGACGGCCUGGGACGACAUCGCGCACGAGUUCGACCUGAUCGAGGAGCACUGCCGCGACCCCGGGACGGGCCUGCUGUUCCACGGGUACGACGAGAGCAGGAGGGCCGUGUGGGCCGACCCGGUCACGGGCGCGUCGCCGAUGCUCUGGGACAGGGCGGACGGCUGGUACUUCAACGCCCUCCUCGACGUGCUCGACUGGUUCCCGCGGUCGCACCCGGGCUUCGGCAGGCUGAGGGGGUACUUUGUCACGCUGGCCGAGGCCCUGCGGAGGGCGUGGGAUGGCGAGGGCGGGGGCUGGUGGCUGGUGAUGGGGCCCGACUACGUCGGUCGGAAGGGCAACUACAUCGAGAGCAGCGGGACCGCGCUCUUCGUGACGGGCUUCCUCAAGGGCAUGCGCAAGGGCUACAUCCCCAAGCACGAGUACCAGGAGUUCGCCUUUGGGGCCUACGACGCCAUGACGAGGAAGUUUGUGAACGAGACGUGCGGCACGAUCAACUGGGAGGGCACCGUCAAGGUUGGGCACCUGAACGGCAACGGCACCUUUGAGGCGGGACUGACGGGGAGUCUACAGGCCUACAUCAAGGAACCGAUUGCGCAGAACUGGCUGCUCGGCGUUGGUCCGUUCAUCUACGCCAGCUCAGAGAUCGAAGCCAUGAGAGGCUGA